GCUCGUGCGCGUCCAUGCAGCAGUCCACCGGCAGCAGCUGGCACGAAGAGGCGUGACGUCACUUCAGAGAUCAAACGCAUAUUGGCAGCGGUGUCCGCUGAGGAUAAGCUGCAAGUGUCCGCAAGCGCUGCUGAGGAGGAGAUUUUGCAAGCCUGGAAGAAGCUGGUGCUUCUGUUGCAUCCAGACAAGUUGCAAAGACUGGAUGAUGAGACGCGCAAGGAGGGCGCAGAGGCGCUUCAUGAGGUCCAUGCAGCAAAGGAUGAAAUGCGCAGACGUACACAGGAAGCCUGUGCUCAGGUUCCCGCCCAGCCGAGACCUGGAAGUGCUCCUUUUCGAUGCCUCGAUGCCACACCAGGGGCACGGAAAUAUGAGAUCAGCUGGACUUUGCCAGAUGUGCAGGAUCCUUCUGCACCAGUGGAAAAGUAUGAGGUGUGGGGCCCCAGGCACUGCUCAGAGCUGGGAGAGACAUACGAUUGGGUACUGCUAGCUACGCUCCCUCAACUCCAAUCUCAGUUUAUCAUCGUGGAGGAGGCACCAACUCAGCAGGACGUCAUGUGGGCAGCCGACAGAGUUUUGCGCCAGACGUUGUCGCUGACGGUGCAUGCCGUGAAUGGGAAAGGAAGUUCGGAGGGCCUUGGAUUUGAACUUCCGUGGGCAGCUGCUUUUCCAUGGUUGCGAGGCAUGGGGUCGCUGGUAUGUAAUCAAUGCUUCAGGCUCACACCACGUGGUGGACGGAACAGCUGGACUUCCUGUGCCGGCUGUGGAGUUGGCUUGUCUGCAGAACUCGCUGUUGUGGUGCGCUGUACUGGAUGUGGUGGUGAGGUACUGUGGCAGCGCAAUGCUUUGAGUUGCACGUGUUGCAGGCGCACGCUUGCCGUAAACAUGCCGCAGAGGCGCCGUGGUGAUGCCAGGUACCAUUCUGGAGGCUGGUAA